AUGGAUGACAAUCACCAGUACGCAAACAGGGAAUAUUGGGAAGAGAGGUUUAAGAGUGAGGAAGAAUUCGAAUGGUUGGCGGAUUUCAAUGCUUUCAAGCACCUUAUCUUACCAAAUCUCAGAACAGAUUCGAGAAUAUUACACAUCGGAUGCGGUUCCAGUCAAAUGUCUAUGCAGUUGUUUGACUUGGGGUAUAGGAAUAUCACCAACGUAGAUUACUCACAGGUUUUGAUUGGUACUAAACAAAGACUUCACCCAGAGAUGAAGUGGAUCUGUGAUGACAUCCGUUCCCUGGAUUCUAUCCCUUCCAACUCGUUCGAUGUCGUUCUUGAAAAAGCUACAUUAGAGGCACUGCUCGUCAAAGAAAAAAGCCCAUGGAGCCCUUCCGAUGCUGCUCUUGAAACACUCGAAAGCGUUAUGAAGUCGGUAGCGCGUGUGCUGACCGAUGAUGGUACACGGACCUUCAUAUCGAUUUCGUUUACACAGCCCCAUUUCCGCGUUCCAGCGCUUCUUCGGAUGUCAUGUUGGUCCGUAGAAGUGCACGAAUUUGGGGAGCAAUUUCGUUACUUUGUUUAUGUAAUGAAA